UUUUUAUGUUACAUCAUACAAAAAAGUCACAACGUUGCUAGGGAAUAUAUCGAUUAAUCUUAUAUUAAACAGAAUUAUACAACCCUCAGUUUAUUAAGCCACUAAUAUAAUUUCAUGUUGUCUAAAUGGUACAUCCCAUGUUAAGUCAACUAACUUUAACCUAAAGGGGUUGAAUAAUAUUAUACUGAUUUUAGGCUGGGUUAUGGAGAGUCUUAAAACACUGAGCCAAUGCACUAUAAACAACAAAAAAUGGGUGUCACAAGUUUUUUACAGUUUCUAAGACAGCAUUCAAUAUACACAGAUAAAUUAUCAAAAUUCAAACGAUUCAACAUACUGAGGGAAUUUAAAAGCUUUGGACAAAGUUUUUUAAAUGAUGCUACAGAAACUAGAGAUGAAAUCUAUGUAUCAUUAGCAGGAAUUGUGCGUUAUAUUUUCAAACAUCUUGAUGAUAUAUAUAAUUGUGAAAGAAUUGUCAAUGACAUUGUAUCAUUCGUUUUUACUGUGGAACAAUCAGACAAACACUCCAUUUUACACCUUUAUAAAGAAAUUGUAAAAUCUGACUUCGGAUUCUUCCCAACUGAAAUUUACAGUGAUAAUGAUAUCAUCACACAUGAAAGUGACUCACUUUUUAAAGAGUAUUCAUCAAAUUUUUCCAAGGACCAGUGGUUUAAAAUUUGUUUAUUUGAAUACCAUUUUUCCAAGACUCAUGACACCACAUUAUCAUUUGAAAUAUUGCUAAAGCAAAGAUGGGACUACUUUGCUUAUAUCUUAAUCUGUGUUAAUAUUGCGGGCCAGUCAGUCAAAAAUGCCAAAAGCACAAUAAAAGCACGACAAGAAUGCAUUCAAGCAAAGGAACAAUUAGGAAAAUGUUUAUUUGAUUGCAAUGGUCAAAAACAUAUUUCAGAAAAUAUUGAAGCUGAUUUGUUACAGUAUUUAGAGUUGCUUAUUCAUGAGCACAUUAUCCUGGUUGGAGCAGCCCAUUCGCCAUUGUCAAUUCAAUCCCCUUCACAAAAGAUUGACAUAUUUGUUGUCAUCAAAAAUGGCUCACAAUUUGAAUUCAAUGACAUUACCCAGAGCAUUUCUCACAGAAUUGCAGCCCGGCACAAUAUUAAUUGUGGUAACAUUGUUUCUCGAGAAAGAUAAAGUUGAGCAAUGGUACAUUGUAGAUGAGCAAUAUUUGUCAAGAUACCAACUCCAGGAUGCUUGGUAUUCAAAAGUGAAGAAGGGGGUAUUCAGCAAACACUGUACUGAAAAUUUAGCUGAUGAAGAUGGCGAUGUAUGCAAAACAUGCUUUAAAGAAGAUGAACCAGAGGAGCUGAGUAGCAAGUCAUUUGAUGUAAAGAAGGAGUGGUGUUUUGGUACACCACUUGAUGUGCAACUGUUAUUCAAUGAAUUCCUCAAUAAGGAAAGCUUGAGGAGAGCACCUAACAGGGAGAUAAUGUGUCAUGGUAAGCUUGAGAGGCUUUACGCAACAUAUGACACACUGCUGAAUAUCUUCAACAAGAAGUAUAUGGGUCUACUCCAACAAGAAGUCAGUGAUGAUCUACUAAUGAACUAUAGUAGCUUGCCAUCAGUAUCUUAUGCCACAAGUAGACUUGGGCUAACUUACUCUUUUGACAAAGCAGAGAAAUCUAAUCUUACUAGACACAUUCUGGGUUCAUUUGAGCUGGUGGAAGAGAUGACAGCAGUUGAUGAUAGAAGACACACUACAACUUGUCAUUUGUCAAAAUGGAUUUCCAUGGGUGAUUUGAUCCAACAAGCAGAGCUAAGAUGUCCAGCUGGCACUCCUAUACCAUCAAGCGCAUUAGUGCGCUUGCAGUUUACACCAAGAAAUCCAUAUACACAUCAAGCUACGACAUUCACCAAAAAGUUGCCAAUUCAGUAUAAGAUCCAAAGGAGGCAGCUGAGAGCUUCCCACGAGGAUGCUCAUUUCUGUGCUGCACAGUUCAAGUACAUGAGAGAAAAGUCUAUUGAAAUGACUAAAAACGGAAUUUGUGUUGAUUUCCACUCUGCUGACGACAAGGCAAAAAUUCCUGUCGGUGACCCUGACCUCUGUAUCUCUACUGGAGUACGUGGUAAAAAAACAAUUUCACACAUUGACAAACAGCAUGAAGCAGCAGAUCAUGAUAUGAGUAAAAAUAGUAUAACUCCAAAUGUACUCCUGCAAAUAGAUGUGCCAAAUCUUUGAAUGAUUCUGUUUUCCAAUCAUCCAAUCCUUUUAGACAUGCUGUUAUGACAUG